AUGGUUACCACUUUUACUUCUUUAAAUUCCGUUCAAAUGUUUAAUGAAAAACAAGAUAUCCUUGAUAGUCAUGAUGAUAUUGAAUUUUUGUUAAAAAAUGUAAAUAUUAGUGUUCUAAAAUUGGAUAACCUGGAUGAAGACGAAAUAUACGGACUUUUUACUGCUUCAGAUGAGUUCAUGCUUGAUGACCUUUUGGAAGCCAUACCUGAUGACAUUGGAGAAGGCAUGGAUUUCUGGAUCGAUCAAGAUUGUAUUCCAGUAAUGAGCACAAUAUUUGGAAUGGAUUCGUAUAAAAAGCUACGAGAACCUUUAGUCAACAAAAUUAAUGCUAACGCUGAAUGGCUAUUAGAAGCAGAAGAUUUACCUUGUAUGGAAGAAAAUGUUAUGGCAGGAUUCCUUAGUCAAAAAAACUUGGCAUUUGAUCACAUUACUCGUUGGGAUCUUAUUAUCAAAUGGGCAUUGAGUCAACGUCCCAAUCUUGACAAAGAAGUUAUAAAGCGAUGGUCAGAUGAAGAAUUUGGGUUACUUGGAAUGUCACUUCAAAAUCUUAUCCCUCUAAUUCAAUUUUCAGAAAUGUCAAGGAAUGAUAUACAUUCAAAAGUUUUGCCUUAUGGAAAAAUAUUAUCUCAAGGUUUUGAUAACGCUGCUCUCAAAUGGUAUUUAACCAAAUAUAAGUCUCGAGGUUCUCAUGGCCUUAAAAACUCCAACAUUAUAAAUCACCAACAUGCUGCACAUUUUAUAAAAUGGAUUGGAACAAAACAUGAUGAAAAUCAUCCAAAAGUUCCGUGUAGAUAUAAUUUUGAACUUAUUUAUCAAUUAUCUCGUGAUGGGAUUCAUUCUUAUGCCGAAAAAUGUGAUCAAAUGGGACCUACCCUUGCAGUAGCAAAAGUUGCCGGACAACGAUGUUUAAUUGGAGGUUAUGAUCCACACGGACUUCGCACAGAUAAGAGUAGUACUUAUCAGCAUGAUGGAAUAAGCGUUAAAGAUAAUUUCAUUUUCUUUUUCGAUAAUCGAAGUUACACAUCAAAGUCAAUACGAUGUAAAUUAAGUAGAUUUGAUACGUUAUAUCGCAAUUUUUUAUCAGAAGAUGGACCAUGUUUUGGAGACUUACGCCUGAUAUUGGAAUAUAAAAGUGGAGCUUAUAUGCCCUCUUUCUAUACUCCUUAUUUAACUCAAAUGUUCUUUGAUAUUGAAGAGUGUGAAGUUUUCAAAGUAAUUAAAGUAGACAAAACGAAUAAAAAAUCCAAGAAAUAA